AUGGCUUUACCAUCUGUGCCCGCCAACUCGUCUGUUUCCGAGCACGAGAAGCUUUCGAAAGAUGGACCGGACAAGCAGCAAUUUGAAGGGACUCAUUCUCUGGUCCCGGAUAGCCGAGAAAUGCAAUCGGUCGAGCUGGCAUUCGGGGUGACUGCCGAACCUGUAGGGCCGCAAUCACCACACUUUGAGACCUCCACCAGAAUACCGAUGCAGCUUCCAGUCGAAAUAUGGGAGCGCAUUAUCGAUCACUUGGAGCUGUAUUGUCCAGAUAUGUGGCCAUACGGAUCAGUCUGCUGGGCAUGGUACCAUCGCACUCGCUUCUACGCUCUGCAGCGUGUUUCGCUUUACAACAAGAAAGCCGUCUACAGCCUUGUGAAGAUGAUGGAGCGCAGGGAAAAUUUCAGAAGUGCCGUGAAGCACGUAUCUAUCCACGAUAAGAUCGAUGUACUCGGGACGUUUUCAAUAUGCCUGGCGGAGAAACUACCAAAUGUAGAGGUACUCAGGAUCUUCAAAUGCGAAUGGUCUCCAGGAUGGCUUCAUCCUCACAUCUUCAUGCAUGUUAGUGCAACAUUCCAGACCGUCACCACACUCCUUUACGAUAUCGCAUUUCCGACCACAGCCGUGUUUGGGCGGCUGAUUUGCUCUCUCCCUCAAUUGUCAUCGCUCAAUUGCAUGAACGUCAGAUUCAAGAAACCGGGCUUCACACCUGGUUUUGUCCGUUCAGUUGGGCGUCCGUCACUUACUUCCCUUGAUCUCUUGAACGGGGGAAGUAUUGGAAGUCAUGAGUACGCAGCAAUAGAGGACAUACUUGCAUUUGCUAUCUCGACUUCUAUAGUCUCCCGUUUACGGCACAUUGGGCUGUAUGGACGCGAGUCGCUCGACAUUGUCCCCUCUCAACAACUGCUCGACUUUGCCGGGGCAUCGCUCACGUCAGUCUCCAUUUUUUCAAAGUUGUCAUCAACCGAUCCCUCUUCUCCCAAUUUUUUGACCUUUGACUUCUCCGCCGCAAUCAACCUGGAAACCCUUACCUUGCAUCUUGAAAUACAUAGUCUUAUAUUGACAGCCAUAUCUCUUGCUCGAGCUUUGCCACCCAAACUUCGUGAAGUGAAGAUUGUUCAUUUCAGAGUCAAAACUGAAGAUGUAUUGAUUGACCAAUUAUCUGAUAAUGAUCAUAUCGCUGUCUUGAUACGAAUCGAUCGACUUCUGUCUGGACCUCAAUACAAGCGUUUGGACAGAGUUAUAGUUCAACUAUGCGUAGCUAGAUCUGCAAAAAAUAUCGAGGAGGUUCCCUCGGAGCGCAUCUGGCGGGAAGUGGUGUCAUCCAGGUUGCCAAAAUUACGGGAUAGUGGAAUUCUCCGGUAA